GCCCUACCCUGAAUCACUCCAGGGUCCGGGCAGGUAUGGCACGGUUAACCCUCUCUUGGGUGAGUGCCAGUUGCUCCUAUUUCCAGUCAGUGAGCUACACUUUCACUUUCUCUUCACCUGUAUAAAAGAAGUCGGCAUCAGCCCAGAGGUUCAGAGACACUUCACCACAGCAAACUCUACCACCUUAAUCUGAUUACCACCAGCCUGCCACACCAGCCCAAGACACCAGCCUGCCAACUACGUUCACCAGCCUACAACAGCCAGCCUCCCACCACCACUGCCAGUCAACCUUAACCAUCUCCAGUCCACACCCUCCAGAGCAGACAGAUGGAUCCAAAAGUGUGUGUGCUGCUCCUGCUGCUGUGUGCUGCUCUCUGCUCAGCGGAGGUUGCUCAGGACUGUUGUCUCAGGGUGGCUCAGCAGCGUCUGCCUGCGGGACGUAUCCAGAGCUACAAGGUGCAGGAAGCUGGGAGAGGCUGUGACAUCAGCGCCACUGUGGCCCAGAUGAAAGGAGGCAAACACCUGUGCCUGCCCCACCCAGAGGGACACCUAUGGGUGCAGAGAGUCAUGAAAAUGGUGGAUCAGAGAGAGGAGAAUCAGCAGCAGUAGACUCACUUGUGUGAGCUCUGUGCUCUGUUGUAAAUGUAUACUACCUCUACUACCUAGAUACUGUGUAUUUUGAGUCUGAAACUGGCCUGCCUAACUUUUUUUUAUUAAAUAAACU